AUUAAUAACUUUACCUAGGCAUUUUAGCUAGCUGAGGAGCUCAAGCAUAUUAUAAAUCAAACCAAAGGCUUUAAGCUUCUUUUUCUUUUACCUUCAUGUCUUGGGGAGUGAUGGCUGGUCACUUGGGUUGGGGCAUCAUUGAAGAGGGAUGGAGGAAAGGCCCUUGGACUGCUGAAGAAGAUAAACUGUUGAUUGAAUAUGUCAGAUUGCAUGGUGAAGGACGAUGGAAUUCUGUUGCUCGGCUUGCAGGAUUGAGAAGGAAUGGAAAGAGUUGCAGAUUGAGAUGGGUGAAUUAUCUGAGGCCGGACCUGAAGAGGGGGCAGAUAACCCCACAUGAAGAGAGUAUAAUUGUAGAGUUACAUGCUCGAUGGGGGAACAGGUGGUCAACAAUUGCGCGAAGCUUGCCGGGGAGGACUGAUAAUGAAAUCAAGAACUACUGGAGAACCCAUUUCAAGAAAAAGGCUAAACUGUCUCCGGACAACUCUGAUAAGGCCAAGAAUCGUCUCCUGAAAAGGCAACAAUUUCAUCAACAGCAGCAGCAACUGCAGCUACAGCAGCAGGAACAACAGCAGCCGCAGCAACAAAUGCAACAACUCAAUCAAUUGGACAUGAAAAAAAUUAUGUUUUUGCUCGAGGAAAAUGAGCACAGAGCUCCUUAUGUUCCUCAACCGAGGCAAGAAAUUGGGGCAACAUAUCCUCAUACUAGUGAAGAACAACAACAGGGGUGGUUCUACUCCAUGCCUGGCGGCAAUGCGGUUGUGACGGAGCCCUUAACUGAGGAGUUUCUGUGGGAUAAUUUGUGGAACUUGGAUGAUUUUCAUGGCAAUUUUGGUGUGGUCGGCAAAGCCAGUUUGCACAAUUUAGUUUCUCCCUUUUGUUAAUCUUUAAAUUUUGUGUUCUUAAUCAGUGCAUGCCACUUAGUUAAUUUCAGUAAUUUAUCAUCAUCAAACGAGAUGGCUCUAACAAAAGCGGGAGCUUUGGAUUAAUGUUGAUGGUGUGAAAUUUGGGUUGCAAGAAGUGCAAUCCAAACUUAUGUAUAAUUUUUAUUAAU